AUGCCCCUGCUGUCGUCUCGCCACUUCUCCUCCACUACCCCAGUUCAACGCGAGAAGCCGCGAGUGAAGGAGCUGAGGGCCUACGUCGUUCAGAAGGACGAGGCCGGAGCCGACUACCACCGCCAGCAGUCGGGCCACUGGAUCAUCGACACGCCCAUCUCCAACCCCAUGUCCGUCUACCCGCCCUACCGCAAGUCCCGCGUCAGCUGGGGAAUCGACGUGCUGGGCACGGUCAUCGUAGAGGCCGAGCUGGAGGACGGCACGGUGGGCGUGGGCACCAGCAUCGGCGGCGAGCCGGCGUGCUACUUGAUCGAGAACCACUUCUCGCGGUUCGUCGAGGGCCAGGACGUGCGCAACGUGGAGCUGAUGUGGGACCAGAUGUGGCGCGGGUCGAUGCCCUACGGCCGCAAGGGCCUGGCCAUCCAGGCCUUGUCGGCCGUCGAUCUCGCCCUGUGGGACUGCCUCGGCAAGCUCUGGCAGGAGCCCAUCUACAACCUCCUCGGCGGCAAGACUAAGGAGAAGCUGCCCGUCUACGCCACCACCAGCCGGCCCGACCUCGCUAAGAAGAUGGGCUUCCACGCGGCCAAGUUCCCUCUGCCCUACUCUCACGCCGAAGGCGAAGAAGGCAUGAGGAAGAACAUCGAGUGUGUCAGAAAGCACAGGGAGAGCGUCGGCCCCGACUUCCCGCUGAUGAUCGACUGCUACAUGUCCCUCACGGUGCCGUACGCGAUCGCUCUGGCCAAGGCGGUGGAGCCCUACAAGAUCAAGUGGAUCGAGGAGUUCCUUCCCCCCGAUGACUACGACGGCUACUCGCAGGUCAAGAAGGGCAAAGGCGAGGCCUCUUGUUUGUUGACUACGGGCGAGCACGAGUACACGCGCUACGGCUUCCGCGAGCUCAUCGAAAGGCGGUGCGUGGACAUUCUUCAGCCCGACAUCACCUGGGUGGGAGGCCUCACUGAGGCCAAGAAGAUCUACUCCAUGGCUGCGGCCUAUGACAUCCCUGUGAUUCCGCACGGCUCGUCGGUGUUCUCCUACCACCUGCAGUUCGCCUAUGCCAACUCGCCCAUGGCCGAGAUCCUGAUCAUGAGCCCCAAGGCCGAUAAGGUGGUACCAGUGUUCGCCAAUCUGUUCACCAACGAGCCGCUGCCGGACGACCAGGGCUACCUGCAACUGGACGAGAACAAGCACGGCUGGGGCGUGGACCUCAACAAAGACGGUCUCAAGCUGCAGAGGCCCUACCCUCGGCACCAGCACUAG